AUGGCGAGCACUGUGGACUUGCGUCGUUUGAGGGGCUUCAAGGGCCGGAACCUGCUCCACCUCGCCGUGGAGGGAUCUUGCGUCACAGGGCGGCUGGACGUCUGCAGGUUCCUGGUCGAGGAGAAGGGCUUCGACGCCAACUCCACCUCUACGGAAGGCGAGACGCCCAUCUUCGUCGCCACCGACACCGAUUCCAGAUUACUGAACGGGGCCGAGAACGGCGUCGUCCCUCUUCUAACCUACUUCCUCGGCCGCGGCGGCGACCCAGCUGCACCCGACGCCAAGGGUUGCACGCCCUGCACAAUGCCGCGCAGUACGGCUGGUGCUGAUGUGAACUUCCAUAGUUCACCUGGACCAACUAUGUUAUUAGCUGCAGUUGGCGCUGGCUCAGCAGACGUUGUCAAUUUCUUGCUAGAGAUUGGAGCUGACCCUAAUGUUCAUGAUGGGUACGGGAAGUUCCCAAUCAUACUAGCAGCUGCUCAUGAGCGCCGUAAGCUUGUUGAAAUUUUACUCCCUCAAACAAAUCCAAUUCCAUCCAUGCCAGACUGGACCGUUGAUGGGAUUGUUAACACCAUGAAGAAUCUACCUCGGGAGAUGGUACUAGAACCAAUAGCUAAUGCAAAGUCACAAGGAAAGGAAGCAUUUGCAAAUGGCGACUACGGUAAUGCCGUCGACUGCUAUACGCGGGCAACGGUGAUUGACCCGCGUGACGCCACCUCAUUCGCCAACCUGAGCCUAUGCUUGCUGAAGCUGAGAGAAGGGGAGCGAGCUGUGCUCGCCGCUCAGCAAUGCCAAAAGCUGCGUCCUUGUUGGGCCAAGGCAUGGUACCACGAGGGCGCAGGUCUCAGCUUGCUCCAGAAGUAUGGAGCAGCGGUUGCUGCGUUCGAGGAAGCGCUGAAACUUGACCCUGCGAAUGAUGAGAUCAAGGAGGCGCUGCGGACGGUGAGAUCAAGGAGGCGUUAA